AUGUGUUCCGGGGGCUGUGCAAAGUGCUUGGGCAUUACCCUCAUUCCCCUCGCUAUUCUGUCUGUUUUGGCCAACAUUUUGCUUUUUCCAGCUGGAAAUGUUGCAAAGAGCAAUGAUCAUAUCUCACGUGAAGUCUUUUACCUCGGGGGACUCUUAGGUUCUGGUGUUUUGAUGAUUUUUCCAGCUCUAGUGUUUCUGGGUAUGAAGAAAAAUGACUGCUGUGGAUGCUGUGGUAAUGAAAGCUGUGGAAAGAGAUUUGCUAUGUUUUCUUCUAUCCUUUUUGCUGCCAUAGGAUUUGUUGGAGCCGCUUACAAUUUCAUUGUUUCUAUAGUUGCUAUAAAUAAAGGGCCAAUAUGUUAUUUGGGAAAAGAAGGUACUGAAGAGAUUUGGAACUAUCCCUUCACCGAUGG